AUGCAUUCCGCUUGGGGAUCUUCUGACCAUGAGUACAAAGGUGUUGACAUGCUCGCAAUCCUGGAUUGCUGCUUUGGUGCAAAGGCAGAUAAUUCCUCUCUCCCGAGGACCACCCACAUCCUCGCAGCAAGCAAUACCAUUUCCGUUGGGCGUCACACACAACAAGUGUCAUUUACCCAGAGGAUACACCGGGCAGUAUGUGAAAUGAAGGCCAAGGGAUCAUUCAUGACAGUCCCUAUGAUAUAUGAACAAAUUCUUAACUUAGCGGUUAAGGAUGAUCCGCGGCCAUAUUUGUCCAUACAAACUGCUAGAUCCCCGAUCCGAUUUAUCUUCAAGCCACCUCGGGAGCCUACCUCACCUCGAGACCUCACCUCACCUCAGGAGCCUACCUCACCUCGAGGAGGUAGUCCAUCACGCAUUCUAAGCCGCGCAAGCCCCAGGACCAAGAAAGGCAUCUUGGUAAAAUUGACGCUCCACGAAGCUAAAGAUUCAUAUCAAGCAUUUGCAGCAGCAAUUAAGGACCUCCAGCCACAAAUGCAUGCAGAAGUCCUCGAUGCAUUUGAGACCGAUGAGUCCUUCUUUUGCCUGCUCUACAUGUCAUGGGAGGCAUGGUGUUUGUGGAACGUCGUCUGUGAUCUUCAAGAGGUCGGUGUGACUCUUGAAGAAUCCCUAGUACACCCAGUCGAACUCAUGGAAAGGAGCGUUGAAGCUCCAAAGCUAGAAACAUCCCACCUCUUGGGAAGGAAAUUGAGAACGAAUGAUGUGUCACGAAACUCCUGUUGA